GCGCCAUCUCCUGGAAACCUUCCGUCCUCCAACACAGAAGAAGAAAGUUCACGGUAACCAGGCAACCGAAGCUAACUAUUGCCACCGGCUAAGCUAACUGGCGUCUACACAUAAACCAAUUUAAAAAUAACUCAUCAUCGCCGCUAUGUCGACUGCUACUGAUAACAACUCCAAGCCCCGGGCUAUGAGCCGAGCCAAAGAAUGGACGGCAGAGGUGGAAAACCUGUUCAGAUUCCAGCAGGCCGGCUACAGAGACGAACUGGAGUACAGACAAAUCAAACAAGGAGCCUUGAUUGACAAAUGGCCAAAGUCCGGCUUCGUGAAGAAGCUCCAACGCAGAGACAACACAGUCUUUUACUACAGCAGGAAGAGGGAAUGUGAGGACCGUGAUGUCAACAAAGUCUUAGUUUAUUCAUAUUAAGGUGUUCUACUUCUGAUGAAAGUGAGCUCUGUUCAGUUUACAAUGAAGGAUUUUUAAAAACGGCCCGUGGGAAUUGCUUUUUGUGGAAACGUGUGGCUGUGUUUCUCUUGGAGCAGCGUCUGUGUCGACAUGAUUCACCUCAAAGUCUCAAUCUACAGCAGUAAACCAGACUGGAGUGCAACAAAGACAGCAAGGAUGCUCUUUCUUUUUAUUUUACCCCUAUAUUGUUUGAUGUUAUGUUUAUUUGUAGUUGAAGACGUCACAAAGUGGUUAAUAAAACUACGUCAUGUUCACCUGAA